UUAAAGAAAGAUCCAUCUGCAAACGACAUAACAUUCUUGGCUGACUUUGAGGAUGCCUUGGAAACAUGUUCACAUUCUAUUAGUACAUCCCAAACUUGGACUUGAUAUAAGGGGAUCAGCAGCGGCAUCAUUUGCAACAACAACAAGAAAAAGAAGAAAAUGGGCAAGAUUGAGGCCGAACCUCAUAUCACUCACUUCAGCCACCCUCAUCAUCCAUUAAACCUCAAAUCCAUCAACAUCUCCGAUCCAAACACAACCAAAUGCUCGGCCUGCCAGAAACCAGCCUCGGGCCUCGCCUACAGCUGCGACUCCUGCAGCUACACCCUCCACAAAAUCUGCUCCGAGAUGCCCGAGAAACUCAACCACAAGGCUGACAAGAAGCACAGCCUGACCCUGCUCCCGUCCCCCGCUUACUCAACCGGAACCUUCCACUGCAACGCGUGCGGCAUGGCUGGCACGAGCUUCUGCUAUCACUGCGGAGAGUGCGAGCUCGACUUGCAUCCGGCGUGCGCGUUCACGCGCUCCUCGGUGAAGGGGGGAGCCCAUCACCACCCCCUCCAGCUCUGCUUCGAGCCUCCCUAUCCAGACAAGGCCUUCGUAUGCGACGUCUGCGGCAGGUCCGGGUCGAACCACUGGCUCUACCGGUGCGAGGAGUGCGAGGAGUAUUCUAAAUCGAGAAGUGUCAGAAGCCAACAAGGAGUUGCUGUUGCAAGUCCAGCAGCGAUGUAUGAUCAGCAGUGCGAAGCAUGGCAUCAGCUGCAGAGAUAUAAUACUGCACCGCCGGUGGUCUAUGCGGCGCCGAGUUACGUGCAGGUGCAACAGCCGACGAGGAGGAACGACACCGUGCACAACGUUGUCAACAGUGUGAUUGAAGGUUUAUUUGAAGGAGCGGCUAAUCAAAUUGGGAAUGCUUUGAUACAAGGUGCAAUGGGUAAUUGAUUACUCAUUAGUCUAUCUCUAUUCACGUCGGGUUUUUUUUGGCAUGUUUUUUUGUUAUCUGCUUAUGUAUAAUUUCAAAUCAAACACCAACCUUUCCUUGUUCGUUUUAAGAGAUUUCGGAAAAAGGAAUUUUGGAA